CCCUGGCAGGUUCUUUUAUCUGUGGACUCGUGAGAGAUAGAGCAAAUAGGCACAGUGAUCUACACUCAUCUGAUAACUCAAUCCAAUUGGAUCAACGGGAAGAGGAAGGAGAAGAAAUGGAGUCCCUGAAUCAGGCGUCGCGAAAGCUGGUGCAAGCAGAGAUCCCCUGCAGCACCGGUAGGCUUCUCAGCGGUGGACAUGCAAGCCAGGCUUCUCUUACUGAAGAAAUCACGGUGGCGCAGGCCACCGAGAGUUCAUCAGAAGUUUCAGCCAACAACCGGGAUGUUCAGGAAACGUCCGCCGGCACCGAAGAGGUCGAGAACCUGAAGCGCGUGGUGUCGGCCCUCGAAGAGCGGGCCGCCGGCAUCGAGUCGCGGUUCCGCGACUACUGUGACAUGCAGGAGCAGGAGUCGACGUACCAGAAGAUGCAGAUCAUGUGCCUGGGGAUGAAGCUGGAGCUGCUGGAGUCCCGGAACCAGCGGCUUGAGGCAGGCGCCACGGAGAUCCGGGCAGCCGCUGAAGAGUUCGCCGUGAUGCGGGCGAAUCUCGACGCGCUGCAGAGCAAAUUCAGGAAAGUUACGAAGCAGAGCAAGCAAGAAUUCGACGCCGUUGAUGGAAGGAUCCUGGCUCUGGAUGCCCGGGAAGCAGAGAUGGCGACGAGGUGCCAGGGCUUUGAGCAACUCAUGGAGGAGAUGAAGCAGCUGGUUUUGCAGAUACAGAAGGAGAAAGGAACAAGCAGUGAGAAUGCGGAGGACGUCGUGGAGAGGAGCAUGCGGAGCGGCAAGGGCCUGCUGGAGGUGCUCCGGGGCCGGUGGGCGGCGGACAUGGAAGAGCUGAUCUACCUCGGCUGGAUCACGGCGUGGCUGCAGCACGACCUGCUGGCCAGCGAUGGCGAGGGCGGGACCGCCAAGGGCACGGCGGUGACUGGAGACCACGACGGUGAAACCAUCCCGACGGCGGAGGGGCAGCGCGAGAAGGGGAUGAAGAUGGUAGCGGCGACCGCGCCGAGCAACGAGGUGAAGCUCUGCAAGACGUCGUCGUGCGGCGCGGCGGAGGAGUCGUGCAUGGGGUUGGCGGGCUGCAGGAUAGGGAUCGGACGGCCGAGAUUGCUCCGCAAGCUCAGAGGGUGGGCCAGGGGAAACGGCCCGAGCAAGAGCAGGAGGCCGUGCGCCAUCGAAGGGCCCAGCAGUUAGUCCCAAAUCUUCUAAAAAAAGCAGCGAGUCCUAAAUAUUCCUAGUUCAUUGAUGCUGAUUCAUUAGCUUGUGAU